AGGCGCCUUGUGCUUGGCCGGCUUGGCAGGGCUGGCCCGGCGGAGCCAGGGGGCUGGGGGGUGGGCCGGGGCAGGGGUAGGGGGGUGGGGGCUGGACAGGACCAAUUAAUACGUCAGACACGCCCCGUCAUCCCUCCCUUUGCCCUGUAGGAUUUCAUUUUUGCAAAUAAUAUACAUCUGCUUCCCCCCCCCCCCUUUCUGUAUUUUUUUUUCCUCCCUGGAGUUGAGGGGGGUCCAGAUAUAUACCUCUAUAUCUCUAUAUCUAUUUGCAUCUGUGUGGCGGAGACUGAAUUGAAGCUCAAUCUCUGAAUGAAACCAGGUUCCUUUUUGGAACUGCAUUGCACUGGGGGAUAGUGUUCAUUAAUUAGCCUGGAUGAAAAAUAUUAUUUUUCCUUCCUCUGUUGCUUUUUAGCAUUUCUUCUCCCCCCCCCCUCCCCCUCGUUUUUCUCUCUCUCUGACUUGGAUUGUUCUCUUCCUUGGACUUGAUUCUGACUUUUGACACAUUCUGUCGGAGAUGUCAUUCAAACUGGAGGCUGGGAAACGUUUUUGGAAGUCAUAGUCAUUUUGCAGGAUUUGGGGACAACUUGUUUUUUUUUCUCCCCGAAAAAAUAUUUUGGCAGGAAGGGAGAUCACCAAAGAAACCAGCGUUUCAAUUAUUUUGGAGAAACUGAUGCUUUGGAUUUUAUUUUAUUUUAUUUCCCUUUAAGGAAACUUAACAGAAAAGCAAAUUUCCAAUUCAAAUGUAUUUCAACACGGCCGAGGGAAGGUUUCUGAAAACAAGGCUUAUAUUAUACAUGCAUCUUGGAAUACAGUAUUUGCCGGAUUUUAAAUCCUGCUUCCGUCGGGGAUCACAGACGGAGGAGGAAGCGCAGAGGAGACGGAAAUACCUUUGAGACCCCAAAGACUCCCCCACACCUCAACCAAUGGAACUGCACAGAAUCAAACGACUGGAUUAUAUAUAAAUACUGGCAUUCGGUACUGCUGGCUGCUCUAUUUGUGGUGGUGGAGGGGGGGGUAACAUUACAUUUGCUUCUUCUUCUUCUCUUUUGCUCAUUAUAAAUGAUGGCUUAUCCUGGAAUAAGAGAAUACAGUAGCCGGGAGAUAGUGCUGAGGUACAUCCAUUACAAGCUGUCGCAGAGAGGAUAUGAUUGGAUUGCCAGUGGAGAUGGAGCAGAUCUUCUUCCUUCGGUUGCUGGGACCUUUUCGGCGCUUGCACGACCGGCACCUUUGCCUUCUGAACCCCCUGGGCCAGCUGCUAGCGACCCCGGUGUGGUUGACGGGCUGCACCCCGUGCCGCAGAUUGUCCACUUGACUUUACGCCAAGCUGGUAAUGAGUUUUCACGUCGUUAUCAGGGGGACGUCGCCCAGAUGUCUGGCCAGCUCCACUUGACCCCGGGCACUGCCAGGAGCAGUUUUGUGGCAGUGGUGGAGGAGCUGUUCCGAGACGGGGUUAAUUGGGGAAGGAUUGUUGCCUUCUUUGAGUUUGGAGGCAUGAUGUGCGUGGAGAGCGUCAGUCGGGAGAUGUCUCCUCUGGUGGACAAUAUUGCCGCGUGGAUGACGGAGUACCUGAACCGACACCUGCACAAUUGGAUCCAGGACAACGGAGGUUGGGAUGCCUUUGUGGAGGUGUACAGCAACAACAUGAGGCCUUUGUUUGAUUUCUCAUGGCUGCCGCUGAAGACGAUUCUGGGUCUGGCUGUUGUCAGCGCAUGUAUCACCCUUGGUGCUUACCUGGGGCACAAGUGACUUCGACCAACGUGGCAGACGGCUGAAAAAGCUGUCUUUCCCCUUUUGACUGAAACAAGGGGAGGGGGGAAGAGUUAAAUAAUAUGUGGUAUUUUUUCUUGUAGCAUAAUGCUAUUACCUUAUGAGCCACACCGCUUUCUAGAUAAAUAUUAAAUCAGCUAUUACUGCCAAAGGGAAUAUUCAUUUAUUUUUUACAUUGCCGGAAAAAGAGUUAUUUAUUAAAGAUAUUUUACAUUUAACCCAUUAUUUUCCUGAAACUCUGUACGCUAUACACAAGGACAUCACAAUGCAAUUGCAGUAAAGUUGAAAGAGACCCAAAGAUGUUCUAGUGAAGUGCAACUGGACAGUUUUAUGAUACUAGAAGGAAGAACAGACACAGACACAACCAUGUAUCUGGAGGGAAGACAAUUCAUGGGUUGCUAUGCACAUGGAAGGUAAAGCCUAAAAUCGAGCGUGGAAGAUUUCCAGCCAGCGAUGCCAUUGGUCAUCAAACAUGGUACCUGUCAAGAACAAGACAUAAACACGAGAUUACGGCCAGUGGUCCGUGAGGCUCCGCAGCUUAUCCCCAAGAGCAGGCACAUCGUCUUUGGAAGCCUUCCUUCACAGGACAACACCUGGGAAUGUUGUGAUGUGUUGCUUGUGAAGCACCACAUUCCAUGGUAACUUGUGCCAUUAUAAACCACAAUAGUUGGAAGGGGAUCGUGAUUUUUUUCCCUUAAUGCAGUGAUCUGAGAUUCUGAAGUGAAGUUUUGGAAUUGCAAGAAAUGACUGUUUCAGUGUAUUCUUCAUCAGUAACUUUAAAGUUGUAACCAUCAGGAAACCGUCACCGUAAGUGCCUGUGUCUACCCCGCAGAACUGGUGUCCUCUGGAAGUUCUGAUUCACGUCUCCACCGGAGUAGGAGUUUCUUCUCGGCUGAUCCUGUUUUACUUACUGAAUUAUUCUUGGGGAUCUUUUGAAAAUUGCUUUGGGUUGCUUCAUAAUAUCUCAAAGAAGCUCAGAGUCAUCUGGCAAUCAGAUGAAAUUGUUUCCUUCUUUCAGAUUGAACACCAAAAUCAUAAUCCGGUUUUCCCUCCCUACAGAGCUUUAUUUUCUCUUCCCCUUCCCCAUGAAGUCUUACGUUCUGUUAAUUUCAUGAGACCAACCUUGAAAGAAAAGAAGCUAAAGAACCACACAACACCUCCGCCUGGACAGACUCGUAGACAUCAAUUUUCCUUAGUUAUCUGUUGUUGCUUGUAUGGAAACUUAGGGAAGAGAGGUGGGGAAUUCAUAUUUGAAAUCCCUUAAAAUAAAACAAAUCCAGAGUACUUAACUGACACUUUUAUAUGGACUAUAUAACAAAGGAGAGUUAAUUUGGGGGGGGGGGGACUUUGGUUCUAAACCUGUAAGUCGGAGUAGGUCGCUGAAUGGUAUGGAGAACUCUCCAGCCUCUUAAAGUCACUGGAAGUGGUUGGAGUCAUUAAUUUUGGGGUUAAUGGAGGUAAACACAGUCUCGUAAGCAAGAGACUGGAUGGGACAAUGUCAGCCAGUCAAUUAUACCAAGAUUUCCAAUAAGCUGAGAUGAAGGUACCGAGUUCUUUGAUAAAGGCAGCUUUAGAUAGGAUUCUAUCCAACUUUAUGAAUCUGUAUUAGCUAGGCAUAGGGAGAAGAGAUGGCCAGAAUCACAAGUAAAACUCCUGUGUAUCUGCUUGGGACUUUACUAGGGUUUGGACUCUGCGUGCUGCUUUUCCUACUACAUUGUAUUCUGCACCAGACAGUCUCUUUGUCUUCAUGAGUAGCUUUGCAGAAGUCAUGGAGGAGACGGUAGGGAGAAGAUCCCAAAAGUCUUAGCAUCCAUCCAGAUUAUAUCUGUGGCUUGGUUUAUUAGUGCCCAGUUUGUAAGUUUAGGGGAUCACUAUGGUCAGUAUUUUGGUAUUAUUUACAGGAGGUGCUUAAUAAACGUUUGGAAUGAAUUUCAUUCUGAAAAAGGCAGGAUCUAAAGUAGAUGUGAUAGACCUGAUUGACUUUAAAAACAAACUGUUUCAUUAAAAAAAUUCAUUUUCCUGUUUAUGCAAGUGUAAUGAAAUGUAAUAAAUUAAUGUGGAUCUAGCAGUAAACAUCGA